GAUGACCUCAGACUUGUUUGACCUGUAGGUGGAAGGCUUGAGCCAGCUCAGUGGUCUCCCAGCAACACAGUGUAAAUAACUUGGGCUUUUCCUCUGUAGACUAGAGCGCAUGAGAGUGGAGGAGAAAUGAAUGAAACACUCGUUUGAUCCUGGUUAUUUACUGAACGUUAAGUGUAUCCUGAAAGCAGGACCCCAAGGCUACAUUACAGAUCAGACAGACAGCUGAUGGUUGCUGGAUAGCAAAUGGGGCUGUUUGACAAGUUGGCAGGAUGGCUGGGGUUGAAGAAGGAGGUGAAUGUGCUGUGUCUCGGCCUGGACAACAGUGGAAAAACCACCAUCAUCAACCAACUCAAGCCUUCCAAUGCCCAAGCACAAGACAUCGUUCCAACCAUUGGGUUCAGCAUAGAGAAGUUCAAGACAUCCAGUCUUUCAUUCACAGUCUUUGACAUGUCUGGUCAAGGCAGAUACAGAAACCUUUGGGAACAUUACUACAAGGAAGGUCAGGCUAUCAUAUUUGUCAUUGAUAGUGCAGACAAACUGAGGAUGGUUGUGGCCAAAGAAGAACUGGAUACAUUACUUAAUCAUCCUGAUAUUAAACACAGGAGGAUCCCCAUCCUGUUCUUUGCUAACAAGAUGGAUGUCAGGGAUGCUCUGUCAUCAGUCAAGGUCUCACAGCUACUCUGUUUGGAGAACAUCAAAGACAAACCCUGGCACAUCUGUGCCACAGAUGCUCUGAAAGGAGAAGGUUUACAGGAGGGAGUCGACUGGUUACAAGAUCAAAUCAAAACAAUGAGAACAUGAGGACCUGAGGAGGGACACGCCCGAAGUAGCAUCAUCCAUGGAAGUUGUUUUUGUGAAAGAUGUGUUGACAAUGUUUUCAGAGGUACAAUGGGACAGUAAUGUUUUUAAUAGGGUAUUUAGAUUGUUCUUGGGUGUGUGAUCAAUGGAAAAAUUAGUACGUAAUUUGAUUCUUUGGUACCAGUUAAGAACCGUAAAAAUGCCUCCAUCAACAGUUCUAAGUCAGUGAGAAACAUCAACUUCAACACAUUUAUUUUGGGCAAAUUCUUAUUUUCCAUACAGUCUUUUUGACUUGAAACUGAUAGAUACAGAUGUAUUGAAAGAAACAAUAAUGUUUUAAAAAAUCUUCGGGGAAAGUCUACCUCCAUUUACAUUAUCCAUCCCAUUUCUCAAUAUCUUUGUGUACCAGGGAUCAUGAUAAACUAUAGCUGCUCUUUAAUAAGUCAUUGUGGAUGGUGCUGUCUUUCUUUUAAGGAGCAUGAAUGCCUGGGAUGUCUUGUAGAAAAUGGUAUGUGCUGCCUUCCCUGAAGAGACAUCAAGUGUGACAGUUGGUAGAUUCAGACUGGCACUACAUUAAUGUUUUUCCACUGGCUCACUAUAACCUAUAUUAGCUUUGGUGUAGCCUUGUGAGCUUCCCCUGCACUGUUACAGCAGGGGAUAAAUGCUCUGAUCUACAAUUUUAAGGCCGUUGCUUGAGAGCUUGUAACAGUCUUUUCCUGUCUCAAGCCUCAAUGCAUCAGAUAUCAUUCUAAAAACAACUUUUGACCGUCAUGGAAGAUACAUGUGAUAUAUGUGUAAUGGGCUAAAACAUUCAAAAAACAUUCAAAACGACCUUUCAAAGGACUUAAGAAAUUGUUUCCACCUCUAGAAUAUGCCAAAUUCUCAAUGUUUUUUUUUCUUCUUUUUCCCCCUCGUCUCUCAGGGCCUCUGUAGAUACGUUACACAGUUAAGUCAGGUAUCAUUUAUUUCUACAGCAGAGGUAAAUUUACUGGUAUUUGUUUGAAUAAUACCAAACAUUUUUAUCCAUUCUUUAGCCUUUGUUUAAUUUGCAGAUAAUACCAUCUCACUGUCACAUUAAAAACAACAGUUACUUUAUGUUUACUGCAGCUAAUAACUACAUGCAGCUCUGCUCAUGUUUGGUUACCAUUGCUCUUUUUUUAGUAGCUGUGAAAAUAUAUUUUGCAUUUUGAAGAUUAUAAUUGUAACCAAAAAAUUAUUUUCUAGGGCCCAGUAGAUCCUGUUGUACAUAUUGUUACUUGUGAAUAUGAAUAUAAAAGUGAAUAUAGGUAAUAGUUACCUUAGCUGUAACAAAUGAUAAAAUGUUUGUCAUAAAUGAAUGUCAAAUUAGUUAGCCUGUAAAGUUUGUUUAUAACUCAAAACUUCUCUUUACAAAGCUAAUUUUCAACUAGUGUUUUUAUCUUUGCCUUAUUUCAUUGCUCAAAAGAAAAACUGUAUUUAAACAAAAUGUUUCUUACAAUUUACUCAUGGUAAAUUCAGUUAUUCAGAGGCAGACAACUGAAAAAACAUCUGUUCAGUCUUGUCAGAGUUUAUAAUGCAAGCCUUUGGUCUUCUUCAGUCUCUGACUGAGAGCUUGCAUUAAAACUGUACAGAUCACAUUGUGUGGUUGCUUCUUUUUUGUCUGAUGGUGUUUGCCAAGCUCCAUCACUUUUUUUGUGUGUUUCACAGUUUUUGAGAAGUUUCAAGGCAAAAGGAAAUAGCUGAUAAAAAGUUUAAUAAAUUUGUCAAAAUAA